AUGACGGCGAUACGUCCGACUGCGGCCAUUCGUGCCGCCCGCGCCAUCAAGAUCACCGCUCCCUCUGCGAGGGCCUUCUCCGUGACGACCCGCCGCGCUGGCGGUGGCUCCGACUUCGAUCCCCCCACCGGCUGGCUUUGGGGCGUCAAGCCCGGCGAGAAGUAUGAGAAGGAAGGUUGGGAAACGCCCUUCUACACCCUCUUCUGCGGAGGCAUCAUCGCCACCGGCGUUGUCCUUGCCUUCAAGCCUGACACUUCACUUGACACCUGGGCCCUUGAGGAGGCCAGGCGGAGAUUAGAAAAGGAGGGUAUCCUGCCGGAUCCCGAGAAGUGA